AUGGCAGACUUGGCGGAUACUCAGCAAUCUCAGCCGAAGAUUACACAAGACAUCGUGGAUGCUGCAAAAACAGCAUUUGAUCCAUCAGCCGCUGCUGAAAGCCGACAAGACGGCUUGCGUGAAUACAAUGAACUAGUCGAGAGAACGCAAACAUGGAUCUUGAUACAUGCUCUCAACGCUCUGAUCAAGCCCAAUGUGCUUCCGCCAUGGCUAAGGGAGCCGCUGAUGAGGAGUCUGACGCAUCUGCCACUGCGGUCCGACGGCGUUCGAGCUACAAUGGAGUUCGUGUUUGCAGUCCAUCCGAGCAAUACCGGGAAACCGGCAGAUGACAGCGGUAGCCGCGGAAAACAGGGAGCUGCCAUUACGCACGAGGCGGUAGCAAUUGCAACAAAACUGCUUUCCUCUGUUCCGAUUUCGAUGAAUGCUCAGGAAUGGUUCGAUGGCAUAGCGGGCCAAUUCAUGGCUUUAUUUGAUGGCGAAGCUGGGCCUGAUGUUGCAAAAACCGCUGCGCAGAUUGUCGGGUUCGGUAUCUUGGGUAAAAAGCAGUUCGGAGCCCCAGGGGCACCUGGUUGGAACGCUUUCGUACAGCCUUUGGUGGAAACCAUUAACCCAUCGCUGAAAUCCUCAAGGGGAGAUUCUUUCGGCUCGAACGACGACGAUGAGGUUGUGGAGCUGGGCCGAGAAAGAGUCCUUGUUGCUUCUGCUGACCUCGAGAGGUCGCUUAAACGGCUGCAGCUACUAAUCAUGUCAAAUCCGUCACCCGGCCUUUGUAAACGAGUCCUCAAGCCAGUCCAACUGCAACUUUGGGCUCUCGCUUCCUGGAUAAGCCCCUCUCAGGACAUAGAAAAGCGCUUCUGCAGGCCUGCGCGGAUUCUUGUGCAGACCCACUUCAGAUUAUUCGGUGAUGUGGACAACCUCAUCCCGUUUAUCCGUAAUAUUCAAUGCAAAGGAUCCCUGUACGACGCAGAGGGUCUGCAAUGGCGAUACCACCAUGGGUCCGAAGGAGGGAUAGAGAGCAUUCACCGUCCGUUUGCCGAACAGAAGCAAAACGCGGAACUGGACUGGGGAGAGAUUGAGGGCAAAUCAACCACCUUGGUUGAAUCCCUGAGUUCCGUAUGUACAACGGAAGAAGUUUCCUCGGUCUUCUUAUACCUCCUGCGACGAUGGAUACGGUCAGCCAGCAAACAAAGCAGUUCGGCCAUCAAGCUAGUCACUCAUGAAGAAGAAGCAGACUCUGCCGUCCAAGAUCUUGUCGAUGUCACUCUGUUGCAGAAAUUCAUGGACAAGGUUCCGGAAAAACUGAUUAGCCAUUUCGAUCAGCUGCUGGAGCUUAUAUCGCAUGUAUUGCGAGCCGACAGCCAGGCACCCCUUGGGGACGAUAUCAUUGGAGUUGUACUCAGUUUACUAAACUUGGUAAUCACAGCGCCAUCCUUUCAGAAGUCGGACAUUAACCCGACUGAGCUGAAAGUUGUCGAAGAUGCACUGGCGAGGAUUGGGAAUGCAGAUCGAGGUGAAGCAUCGACAACUGCAGGCAAUCUGACGAUGCUGCUCAAGUACCGGGAUGAUGUGGAAAGGCCAGAUGACAAAUCGGCGGCCCCUACUGCCCGUCAGAUUGAAGAUCGUAAGACUUACGAUCUAGCAAUGAAUUACAUUACUGGAGGCGAUAACCCACCACCGGUAGUGUCUGAAGGCCUCAACCUAUUAUCGAAUCUGAUCAUAGCAGAGAGCCCAAUAUUGGACAUAUCGGCCGUCACAGUACUGAUGGCAAAUCUUUUGAAGGAAAACGAGGACUAUAUCAACUUGCGAGUGAUUAAGAUCUUCACGCUACUGGCGAAUAAGCAUCCCAAUGCGACAAUGCAGGAGCUUCUCGACCAUUAUCUGGAUGCACAGGAAAGAUCAUCUACAGACACACGCCUCAGGUUUGGCGAGGCAAUACUUCAGGUGAUUGAGAGAUUAGGGGAGACCUUUACGGGAGAGGCCGCCCAGAACGCAGGCGAGAGCAUUCUGUCGAUUGCAGGUAGAAGGGGAUACAGACCCAAGACGAUGGCCAAGCAGGCGCGAGAGGAAAGAUUGAAAGAGCUGAAGAGGAAAAAGGCAGAAGCCAGUGGAGAUGCUGACCGGGACAUUGAAAUGGCGGAUGAGGAAGAAACACCGGAGCAAUUGGCCAAUAAUGAGAUACUGGCGCAAAUUGUUCAAGGCUGGGAAAGCAAAAGGGGGAGCGAGGAUAUUCGAAUGCGGACUUCGGCUCUUUCCAUCUUUGGAAAUGCCAUUGAGACGAACAUUAUUGGCAUUGGGCCGACUGUAGUCUCGGCAGGAGUCGACCUCAGCAUCAAUGUCCUCGCCAUGGAGCCAGAGCUGGAGAAGGGCAUACUUCGACGAGCAGCCAUCCUCGUCAUCCUCAGUUUUGUGAAGGCCUUGGACAAGGCCAAGGAAUCUGGACAGAAACUAGGAUUCGGAUUGACAAACCAGAGCCGGGAGGAUAUACAAAGGACUCUCAGCUACAUUGCGGCAACAGACAAUGACGGGCUGGUUCAACAGCACGCACGCGAUGUCGUGGAGAGCCUUGAGAAUUGGGGUAUGGCAAGCCUGUUGCCGAGUCAGGCAGAGGCGAGCGCCGUCCCCGGUUUGACGAGAUUAGCGGGAUUGCAUGUCAAUCCUGAAGGCACCCUGGUGGACGCCUCUGGACGGCCACGGCCAAGGAUAGAGGAAGUGGAAUGA